AUAGGGGCUGGUGAGUCCGGCAAGUCAACAAUUGCCAAGCAGAUGAAGGUUCUAUACAUGCAAGGAUACACACCGGAGGAAUUGAGUCGGUACAGAACGACGAUCUACAAAAAUGUCCUCGAGUGCGCGGAUGCGCUAUUUACGGCGAUGCUCGAGCUGGGACUACAUCCACAUAGCGAAGAGGCCAGAUUGUAUCGUCUACCAAUGUCGAAGACGGGUCUGCUGCCGGAUCAGACUCUCACGCCGGAUGCCUGUGAAUUGAUAUCCGCACUGUGGCACGAUCCUGUCAUCCCUUUGCUCAUGGAGCAACGAACGAAGUUCUAUUUAAUGGAUUCAGCACCUUACUUUCUCGAUAACAUAGAACGAAUAGCCGCUGUAGGCUACCAACCCACGGAGGCAGACGCAUUGCGUGCGCGGACGAAGACCACGGGGAUAUACGAAACCCGGGUUUCCAUUGGUUAUACCAAUCUUCAUGUAUUCGAUGUUGGAGGCGUACGAAGCGAGCGCAAGAAGUGGGUCCACUGUUUUGAGCGCGUCUCAGCCAUAAUAUUCUGUGUGGGGCUGAGUGAGUACGAUCAGGUCCUGCUCGAGGACCCUGACCAGAAUCGCAUGGUAGAGAGCCUACUGUUGUUCGAUUCGGUCGUCAAUUCGCGGUGGUUCCUGAAAACGAGCGUGAUUCUUUUCUUGAACAAGGCCGACCUUUUCAGAGAAAAGCUACCGCGCUCGCCGCUCGAGAACACCUUCCCGGACUACAACGGUGGUGCUGACGUCAACAAAGCGGCCAAGUUUAUCUUGUGGCAAUUCAAUCAGGUCAACCGCGCCCACCUCAACCUCUACCCGCAUCUGGUCCAGGCGACGGAUACCAGCAAUAUUAAACUUGUGCUCAAGAUGGUCGAGGAGACAAUCUCGCAGAAUGCACUCCGGGAAGCUGGAUUGGUGUAG